GAAACCUACUCACUAUCAACUCCGUGGUGCAACAAGGAGAAACAACCAAAUGAACAAUCAUGGGUUUAAUCUUAAAGAUACUUAUUUACUCGUGUCUCUGUGCAGGCGUGCAGAGUGUCCAUCAGUUCUCAUGGCUGCCCUGUCAGUUCAUUGAUGAACAUGUAUUUAGGAAUAUUGAGAAUCACACUGAGACUCAGUGGCUCCACAGAAACGCCAUGCUGCAGUUUGGUAAAAAAGGAGACACUCCUGUUAAUCCAGAUGCCAUCACCUUCCUUGUCACCGGAUCUAAGUUGGACAUGCGGCGUUAUGUGGAGGGUGUGGAAGCAGACCAGCUGGAGUGUGAGAUACGUAGGUACAGCACAGCAGGCAUCCAUGUCCGCUGGCCUGCAAAAUCGACUGAGGAGUACAACCGCUGGUUCACCUGCACCCUGAAACACACAAAGGGCCUAUUCAUAGUCACCAGCUUCCUCAGACACCCAUCUGCACAACCACCCACUGGCCAGCAGGACUACCGCAGCUGGUCUUCCAUCAGUGACACAGAGAUACUCAUUACAACAGUUACCAUGGGCAUGAAAACACAAACUCCAUCAGUGAAAGCAAAACUGGGGUCCCAACAAAAGUUCCACUGCCAGUUUGCUGUCGACCACAAGGGACCAAAUGUCACUGUGGAGUGGCACUGGCAAAAUCGAGGAGAGAGAACUCGACUCUUCAGCCAUAUCAGCCGCUCAGGGCAGACCCAGGGGUCUGGAGUUGGACUGAGGAGUCUGGCCGAUGGGGACGCUUCUUAUACACUGCAGUUCUCCAAGAUGAGCAGUGAAGGGACAUACAUUUGUUCGGUGUCAGUGUUGCCGCUGUUUGCCAGUCUGGAUAUAAGUCUGCACAUCGAAGAGCCUCCUCAUGUCUCCCUCAACGUCGCACCUAUUCUCUCGCUGCAGGAGGGUGAGGAGCAGAAGGUGAUGUGUGAGGCAGAGAGCUACUACCCUCUAGAUGUGGAAAUAGUGUGGUAUCAACAGGACCCAAAAGUGUCAGGCCAGAGAGUUGGUUCUCCUCUCCCCAAGGUACUGCAGAAUGUCCUGCUGUCCAGCCACAAACACAACCCAGACAAGACCUACUCGCUUACGGCUUUCUUUUACCUUGAGGCUUCACUCGGGAUCUCGGGCAGGCAGUUUACAUGCAGCGUCUCUCAUAAAUCCCUGCGAGUACCCAUCAAAAAGAGUUUCAUACUGAAUGUUGAAGAACCAGCCAGUUGGUUUUUUUACCUCUCUGUUGGCCUCAUCAUUGUUCUACUGCUGGUCCUUCUGGUAGUAAUGCUGGCCUACUUGAACUCAGUAAGAAAGCGAUCAGUGCAGAAAAAACCAUACUAAGGACGAACUGAGCAGAACUUCAGAAACACCAGUGAAUGCAGACUCCUCACUCCCUUCCUCCCUUGUUCAUUUUUAUUUUAGAAUGUCUCAGAUGUUUGAUUUUUGUUUGUUUGAAAAGGUGACUUUGGGUUUCUGUGAAACUAAAUAUGUUUCUUAUGUUUUGCUUUGAUUUUGCUGAUGCUAAAAACUACUGAUGAAGUACAGAUUUGUCAGAAUUACAGUAGGGAACGCUCAAUACUGUAGGAAUGAAAAUUGGUGCUUUCACAAAAUAUUUACACAAUGAGAUUUUUGAUAAAUAAACAUCAGUAAUGUGGAUAUAAUGACUAAGUGGGGUAAAUGCAAAUAGAAGAACAGCUACAACAGUCUGGUAAAUUCAGACUGCAUCAUCAAGACAACACGUAUGCCAUAUGAUAUUACAACAUCCAAUAUCGAACAUGAUAUCUAGUCUCGUAUCACAGUGUCGACUUAAUAUUGAUAUAUUGCCUAGCCCUAUGCUUAGGGAUAGAUAAAAGCACGACUGAUGGCUGAAUUCUAUUUUCUUACUUCAGUUUCAACGCUGCCUCACUGUCACACUAUAACUGGAAGGCUUGAACAAAAAACAGUGGCAUCAUUAAUAUUAUUAGUAACUCCUCUGUCUUAUAGCCAUGCUAGCAAAAUAUUGUCACAAUAUCUCAACAGCUAUUUGAUGGAUUGUUCUGAAAUUUUUGGGGACUUUCAUGGUCCCCAGAGAUUCAUGCUGGCUUUGGUAAUCCCCUGACUUUUUCUCUUGCACCACCAUGAGGAUGGAUGAAUUGUGGUGAAGUUUUUCGUAGUAUUAUCAUUGUCAGCAUGCAGUUGUGAAUGUUUGGGUCAAGUCACAUAGCUGCUGGCACUGUUAAAUCUAUUUUAUUGUAACAAGUCAAAAUGUCUGCUGUUUAAAGGCCUGUAACAAUUCAUCACUAAACACCAGUCUCACUGUCUGUUGCUGAAACAGUUGCUUUCCAAUUGCUGAUAAUGCAAUAAUUAGUCACAAUGCAAUUAAAUUGACUGCAGUGAGUUAACAUGACACAAAACCAGCUAGUAGAUGGUUGGUCAGUAUUUGCAUUAGGGUCCGCUGUGUAUGUGGCAUGUGCUCUUAACCACUCGACCAGCUGCACGCCAUUGUUGGACAAUGUUAAGUUUGAGUCUUAAUGUCAUACAACCACCAAUGAAUGUAAUGAUGCCUUUAAAUGAAGACUGAAGAAGAACAAAUGUCACAUGUUGUAAUCAUUUUAACACUGAUUGGAUAAGGUACUACAUUAAUUGGUUUUAUCUUUGGUUCCAUGUGAGUGAAAUUAAAUGUGUUCUUGUACAAAGGAA